ACAUUUUGUGGUGAUUACGUUUUUUCAUUGCCGAAUUAUGUAAAAGUUGUACGAGUGCCGAAAAUAUAGCCGUUUAAUUUCUUUCACUUUUCGAUACCAAUUACCACAUUGGUAUAGUUCAUAGUUACCUCUCCACUUAUAAAUAAAUAUUAAAAAUGGUAAAAGGAAAGAAAGAAGACGUUGAAGAUGAAUAUUCCGCUAAAUUAGACUUGUGUCUCACUGAUGGAAUUAUAAAAACCGGUGGUGGAGUUCUAUUAGGAACAUUAACAUCACUGCUGUUCCUAGGCCGACGGCGGUGGCCCAUAAUAGCAGGCAUGGGUGUUGGUAUAGGGCUUGCAUAUGCCAACUGCGAGUAUGAGCUAAAUCCAAAGAAAAAGAAUACCGCAUAGUAUUGUUAUCAACAAUAAGGGUCUACUAUAAUCAGAUAAGGGGAUUCGCAAGUUACAGAAAUCAUGUGCAGUUGGGAUCGCGCUAUUGGCGACCAUUGACUCCAGUAGGCAAUUCUUUAGAAUAUAUUGUAAUUUUGUUCAUGUACAAAUGAUUAUUAUUUAAUGAUUAUCUAAUAAAUAUCUUUUAUUUGUUCAA